AUGUUGAAUCAGUUUCCAAAGUUUUCUGAUUCUAAGUCUUCUCAACUCGAUUUGGAACCAUUCCGUGAUCUGGAAAAUUUUCAAGUCAUUCGCGAAUCACACAUCAGGAUAGGCGCAACCUUUUCUCUGAGGAAUCAUCAAUUGAAGUGUGCUAGAAGAUCUUGUUAUCUUCCAUCGAGAUUCCUUUCCUGGAGAAUUAAGAUUAAGCAGACUGUUGGUGUCGGGUUUUCUUUCCAGGGUGUUGGUACUGAAGACCCCACACUGUUUUUUUCAUCUUCCUGGGGAGUUGAGUUCCAUGAAUGA